AUGAAGUUUCUGGCUCCGUUUAUUUUUCUUACCUUUCUGCUAUUUGAGGCUAAGGGUCAAAUUGUUCCUGCUUUAUUCAUAUUUGGAGACUCCAUUGUUGACGUAGGAAACAACAAUGAUCUUGUCACCCUAAUAAAAGCUAACUUCCCUCCCUAUGGGAGGGAUUUUGUUGACCAUGAACCAACAGGGCGAUUUAGCAACGGGAAAUUAGCUUUAGAUAUCAUUGCUGAGAAAGUUGGCUUCACUAACCAUCAGCCCGCUUACAUGAGUGACAAGGCUAACGGGGAAAUGCUGUUGAUUGGAGCCAAUUUUGCAUCAGCUGCUUCCGGUUAUUAUAAUGCUACAGCAAUUUUAUAUAAUACCAUCUCUCUGAGUCAACAGUUGGAGAACUACAGAGAGUACAAAAAUAAGUUGGUGGAUAUUACGGGAAAAUCCAAUGCUUCUUCCAGAAUAUCUCGUGGAAUCCAUCUUAUUAGUGCUGGGAGCAGUGACUUUCUCCAAAACUAUUACAUUAAUCCUUUAUUAUUUGCCACCAAUACUCCAGACACAUUCUCAGAUAUUCUCCUUAACUCAUAUGAUCAUUUCAUUCAGAAUCUGUACGAGCUUGGAGCAAGGAGAAUUGGAGUCGCGACUUUGCCACCUCUUGGGUGCUUACCAGCAGCAAUCACAGCUUUUGGACAUGGCAACAAUCAUUGUGUGGCUAGGUUAAAUAACAAUGCGAUUUCAUUUAACAACAAGCUCAGGCACAGGUCUCAAAGGUUAACAAGAAGGCUUUCUAAGCUUAAGUUGGUUGUCUUAGACAUCUACAAUCCUCUUUACACCCUUAUCACAGAGCCUGCCGAGAAUGGUUUUGCAGAGGUAAGAAGAGCUUGUUGUGGGACUGGAUUGCUUGAAACGUCAAUACUAUGUAACCAACACUCCAUUGGAACAUGCUCCAAUGCAUCUCAAUAUGUUUUCUGGGAUGGCUUUCAUCCGACAGAGGCGGCAAACCAGAUUUUAGCCGAUAAACUAUUUAAAAGUGGAAGCUCUCUUAUUCAACCCUAG